GCGCUCACGAUAUCGCGGGAUUUGCCAGUUCACCAACCUCUGUUAUGGCCAAAGCUCGCACAGAAGCACUCAGCGCGGACACUGUCCACUCUUCCGACGAGGAAAGCUCACCCGAGACAAACCGGUACAAUGACGAAGAUCUCGAACUCGAGUACCAACCUCCAAAAGGCUUCCUACCCGAGCCCUUGACCUACACAUCCGCUUUCGACUUUGAUAGCAUCACAAGCGAUAAGGAGAUCUGGUUGUUUAGAGUGCCUAAUGAAGUUCCAGUCACCAAACUCAAAGGUCUCAUUCUGCGAGAUCCCACAAUACCAACUCCAUCAUCAUUCGCAACAGAACCCACACCCGUAGCUCAUCUCACCCUUCCCACUACUACCACCCCACAAUCCAGUGAAGAGGAGUAUGCCAUCCAUGACAUCACAACACCAAACACAUACGGCGAACCAGGCGAAAUGCUGGAACUGAAGCCUCUUUUGCCAAGCAAACGUUUGAAUCGGUACGCACUGAGUAAGACCUCGUGUACCAGGUUCUUUAGUGUGACACCGGUCGCGGAUUUGGCGCCUACCCAAGCGGCUUUGCAAGAAAAGGGUCGUGAAGCCAAGGAGGAGGCAUAUGAGAGGCCUCAACAUCCUGAAGGACUGACAUUACAAUCGUUGCCCUUUGGUUUCGAUACUGCGGGAAAAGCUUUGGAACUGUCACUGGAGCGGUACAAUCUCGAUGCCCGAUUCCCCGCCAAAUCCAAACGCGGGACUACAAAUCAGUCGCCACCAGCAUCAACUCCGAAAAACAAAAAGGCUUCCAGUAAAACCACACCGUCGACGGGAAAGAAGCGAAAGCAGGAAGGAGAAGGGCAAAUCGCCGAGUCCCGAAAAGCUCCAAAAUCGAGCGAAAAGAAGCGAAAGAAAGUUAAGAGCCAGGAAUAAUAGAAUAUUGCUCCUGUAUCUCAUGCACAACAUAAUAACAAGGAAAGAUGCGAUGGUGUUAUUGCACAAUGAUACAAACUACC